ACAGCGCGACGCUUGGAGCGGGGCGGAGUGUAGAGUGGCACAGCUCAGCUUGUGGUAAUCAUAUGUUUUUCGUCGUAUGACCAACAAAAAAGUGGACCCAAUGCACGUACAUACAUAUGUAGGUGGCAACGUCGUACAGCAAUGUUCGCCCAGAUCAGUCAUCAAACGUGUGUGACAACGCGUACCACGUCUUAUCACAUUAUUUAGUAUAACUUUUACAGUCCGAGAGUAAAGAUAAUCCACAUAAUUUUUUAACGGCAAAUGACUGAACUGCAGAGUGUCUCCUGCCUGGGUGGUGGCGUACAAUUCUGGAAGGAUUUCAUAAAGAUCUACGAGAACUCGCCUGCGCUUUGGGACACGCGCAGUAUGGCCUACAAGAAACCCUAUCUCAAGCGAGAGGCCUACGUUAAACUACGCGAUAAACUGCGCGAAAUCGAUCCGAAUGUACAAAUUGACUAUGUGAAGCGACGCAUCAACGGCCUGAGGUCGUGCUAUCGUCGUGAGCUGCGACGCAUACAGGACAGCAAACGAAAAGGUGAUGACUUGUAUAGGCCCAGCUUGUUUUACUUCAAAGAGAUGAACUUUUUGGAUGAUGUACUCGAUAUUGAUGUAGAGCGUGAUGAGCGUGAGGGAAAGGUUGAAAGACGUGGCCGAAAAAAGAAUUCGAUUAAUAAACUUUCAAAGCGGCAACCGCAAAAGGUGCCAACGGCAAGUACGAGUUCGGAAAGUGAUAGUGAAACGUCCUCAACUUCCGCAUCAUCAACACAAUCAGCCAAGCAGCAACAGCCAGCAGUAGAAGCCACAACAACACAAAUACAAAUACAAACAGCUGCACAACAGCAUCAACCCACACAACAGCACUUGUACGCCACACCGCUACCGCAGAGCACAUUCAGCCUACCCACAGCUUCGGUCGAGGCGCAAGCUUUGGGCGCUAGCUGGGUAGCGCUGUAUCAUCGCUUAGAACGUGAGCAGCAGCUUUACGCGAACAAAGCCAUAAUGGAGGUAUUGUAUCAGGGCGCUUUGGGUCGACUUAACGCCGACUCAUAUAAAUCGCUGGAGCGCGAUGUGAGCAAUAACUUUCUGGACGAUCACCGCAUUAUGGACGCAAUCAAUGAGGAGUUGGCCACGGACUUUAUAGCCAAAGUGGAUACGUUUUAUUGAUAAGAGUGGGAGGGCGGAAAAGUGAUCAAGUGAAAUUUAAUAAAUAUAUUUAAAAAAUUAUGUAUGUAGGUAAAUUUGUAAAUUUUUAAUAGGUGAAAUAAAAUAAAAGUUAUUAGUGAUUUUUUUAAUUCAUUGGAAAGGCUUUUUCCUAGCAAGCCUUUUUAUUUUUAA